CGGCUCCAAGUUCUUAUAAAGUAUAAAACGCCAUCAGAUGCAGCAGUAUUAUUUUUUUUUAAAAAGAGUUAAAUACUUAAACAAAUAUUAAUGGUUAAAUAUUUUAUUGUUUCAAAGCUGAUGGAUAUGAAGUUAGUUGUAUUUGUACUUGCCUUUGAUCAUUGGAUCACCGCAAUAAGAUCCGAUUGUGAUUUGCCAUUGGGUAUGGAAAAUGGCUUAAUACAUGACGAUCAAAUUACAGCAUCUCACUGGUUAUAUUUCGAGACUUCUAAAAACACUCAUUAUGCGCCGUACUUGGGGCGUCUAAACUAUAACAAAUCAAGUGGAGGUUGGUGUUCGGCUGAUUCUGAAACUUAUAAAGAUCAGUAUAUUCAAGUUGAUCUUCUGAAAAAUAAAAGAAUAAGUGCAAUUGCCACACAGGGUAAGAGCAAGUCUAACGAGUAUGUUGAAAAAUAUCAAAUCUAUUAUCUCCGUGAUGAUGGGGGAACUGAUUACAGAGAAUACAAUGAGUCAGGGGUUUGGAAGAUGUUUGAUGGUAAUCUAGACUCCGUAAAUAUCGUAAAAAAUUAUUUUAUGCAGCCAAUCAUUGCAAGAAAAAUUCGUCUUUAUCCUCGUGGAGAUGAGUUUGCAAUACAUUGUUUAAGAUUAGAGUUGUAUGGUUGCGAUUGGAAACAUGAUGCGUCUGGUCUUAAGAGUUAUGCAUCUCAAAAUGGCGGGAUACGUGAAGGGAGUGACUUCACAGACUUUAGUUACGAUGGAUGGACAGAAAAUGGAACUUUGUUCGGUGGUCUUGGAAAGCUUACCGAUGAUAUAUAUAGAAAUAGUGAGUUAAAAGACAAUAAAUCAGCUUGGGUUGGAUAUAAUUCAUUUAGACCCGAGAUUACAUUUCAAUUUAUAAAAAAAAAACUUAUAAGCAAAGUUAUGAUUUACAUAAAGAAUCAAGAUGACGAUGCAAAAAUAUUUAGCCAUGUUGACAUCGAGUUCAGCAACAACGGACAAAAGUAUAACUUUGCUAAAAGAUAUACUCCUAGUAGUGAUUUAGUUACAAAACGUGAUUCAUUUGCUAUAGUUAUAAAUAUUGAGGCUGAAGCUAGAUUUAUUAAACUUGUAUUUACAAAAUCCAGCACGUGGUUGCUGAUUAGUGAAAUCGCUUUUAUAUCAGGAGGUUAUUCAAUACAUCCAAGUUUAAAACCAAGCGUUAUAAAUGAAAUCGAUUUUGAAAAGGAAAACGAAAUAUUGGGUUAUACAGGAAUUCCUUUUGAAAAAAAAUCUUCAAAAGAUACAGAAGAUUCUAUCGCCUUGAGUUUUCCAACAAUUAUCACGAUUACUGUGGUGGGAAUGAUAUGUGCUGUAAUAUUGGCCAUAUGUGCUUAUAAAUCAUACACCACAAAAAAGAAAAACGAUGAGACAGCAUUUGAAAACAGAAAAAUGACUUUUUUGUUAUAUUGUUUUUUGAAAAGUAUGUACAAUACAAUGUAUAAUUCAAUCGAAGAUUUGAUUUUAUUCGCUUUUUUGAAUGGUAUGAAACUAUUUACAUUCACAAUUGCGUUUAACCAUUGGAUCACCACGAUAAGAUCCGAUUGUGACGAGCCAUUAGGGAUGGAAAAUGGCUUAAUACACGACAAUCAAAUUACAGCAUCACAUUGGUUAUAUUUUGAGACUUCUAAAAACACUCAUUAUGCGCCGUACUUAGGGCGUCUAAACUACAACAAAUCAAGUGGAGGUUGGUGUUCGGCUGAUUCUGAAACUUAUAAAGAUCAGUAUAUUCAGAUCGAUCUUCUGAAAAAUAAAAGAAUAAGUGCGGUUGCCACGCAAGGUAAAAGCAAAUCAAACGAAUAUGUCGAAAAGUAUCAAAUCUAUUAUCUCCGAGAUGAUAAGGAAACAAGUUACAGAAAAUAUAACGAGUCAGGUGUAUGGAAGAUGUUUGAUGGCAAUCUAGACUCCGUAAACAUUGUAAAAAAUUAUUUUACGCGGCCAAUCAUUGCAAGAACAAUUCGUCUUUAUCCUCGUGGGGAUGAGUUUGCUAUACAUUGUUUAAGAUUGGAGUUAUAUGGUUGUGAUUGGAUGCAUUAUGCGUCUGGCUUAAAAAGUUAUACAACCAAAAGCACUGAAAUACGCGAAGGAAGUGAUUUGACAGACAUAAGUUAUGAUGGAUGGACAAAAAAUGGAACUUUAUUUGGUGGACUGGGCAUGCUCACCGAUGAUAUUUAUAGAGAUAGCGAAUUGAAAAACAAUUAUUCGCCUUGGGUUGGAUUUAAUUCAAUUAGACCAGAAAUUGUAUUUCAGCUUACAAAAAAAAAAUUUAUCAACAAAGUUAUAAUCUACAUCAAGAAUCAGGAUGAAAACAUUAAGAUAUUUAAGCAUGUUGAUAUUGAGUCAAGCAAAAACGGAGAAAGGUAUAGCCUUGUGAAACGUUAUACUCCAGUAAGCGACCUAGUUGCAAAACGUUUUUCGUUUGCUAUAGUUAUAAACUUUGAGGCUGAAGCAAGAUUUAUUAAACUUAUAUUUACUAAAUACAGCACGUGGUUGCUGAUUAGCGAGAUCGUAUUUAUACCAGGAAGCCACACAAGCUUUUCCAGUUCAUCACCAAGUGUUGUAAAAAAUGAUUUUAAAAAAGAAAAUGAAUUAAUAAGUUCAAUUCCAUUUGAAAAAAAGUUUAUAAAUGUUGUUGAAGACUCUUUCUCAUUGAGUUUUUCGACGGUUAUUACGACAAUUGUAGUCGGGGUAAUAUGUGCCGUUAUACUUGCCGUAUGUGUAUUUAAGCUAUAUACCAUAAAAAAGAAAAAUGAGGCUAUAGCACUUCAAAAUAGAAAAACAACUUUUUUGUUAUAAAAGUUUAUAUAAAUCAUUUAAUAGCAUUAUAUUGAUAUAAAUAGCAUUGUAAGAUUUCAAUUUUUUUAAACAAAACUUUUGUAUGAUAAAAUAAUAUUAUGAAAUAUUUAUUAAUACCAACUGUGAGUUGUGUGGUUGUGAAUGA